AUGUCUUAUAGAUUCAAAGCUUCCAAAUAUAAGAAUGCAACGCCAAAGAUUCCAAAGAAAGAGGGUUGGAUAUCUGACAUCAGUGUUGGCUCUCCUCAGUCCUGUGGAAAUCACAUCAAAGCAAGUUGUGCUUUAGUCGCAUUUAACAUAGAACAUGCAGCUGGUGGAAGUUUAGGGAUUGUUACAGUCAAUGAAGCUGGCAGAAAAGACAGAGGACUUCCAUUACUUCAUGCACAUUCACAAUUUGUGACAGAUUUUGAUUUUUCGCCGUUUGAUGAUUAUUUAUUGGCUACAUGCUCUCAAGAUUGUACAGUCAAGAUUUGGUCACUUCCAGAGGGGGGAUUGACAGAGAAUAUAUCAAAUCCUGAAACAGUAUUUCCACUACAAGAGCGGAAAGUUGAGAAUGUGUUGUUCCACCCUGCAGCUGACAAUAUUUUAGCAUCUUCUGUUUAUAAAACUGUUAAAAUCUGGGACAUUGUCCAUGAACAGGAGAAGAUUGUAUUGGAAGGAGCUACAAAUCAGUUACAGGGGUUGUCAUGGAAACAAGAUGGCUCCCUCUUAGCAACGACCUGUAAAGAUAAGAAAAUUAGAAUAUUUGAUCCAAGAGCCAAAACAGUAAUUGCAGAAGCAAGUAGUCAUGGCAACAUGAAAGAUUCCAGAGUUUGCUGGAUGGGCAAUAAAGAUAUGGUGAUGUCGACCGGGUUUAGCACGAUGCGUGAGAGACAGUAUUAUCUGUGGGAUAUACGAAAUAUAGGUCAAAGGUUAUCAUCACAAUCACUUGACUCAUCUACAGGUACACUGAUGCCUUUCUAUGAUCCUGAUACAAACAUGAUAUUCCUGGCAGGAAAGGGCGAUACAACAAUAAAGCUCCUGGAAUUAACUGAGAAAAGCCCUUAUUUGACAGAAGUGUCUGUGUAUAUGGGGGAUAUGCAACAGAAAGGCAUUGCCACAGUUCCCAAGAGAGCAUUGAACAUCAUGACCUGUGAAGUGAAUAGAUUAUUACAACUUACCCAGAAUGCAAUAAUUCCAGUGUCCUAUGUAGUGCCAAGAAAGACACAUCGUGAUUUUCAUGCAGAUCUGUAUCCUGAUACUUUAUGUGGAGAUCCUGCCAUGACAGCUGAUAACUGGUUGGCUGGAGAUAAUCAUCAGGUAUCCAAGGUUAGCUUGCAGCCUACUAGUAAUUCUAAAGUUCUUCCUCCAAAGAGAAACAGAGCUGUGAAUGUAGAUAUUGUUGCUAGGAAACUGGAAAAGACGAGUAUCUCUGAAGAAAAGAAUACAACAAUUGAAAAUAAGCCAAGUGUUAGCAGAAAGCCAAAUCUUAAGCCAAAACCUAGUCCAAACCAAAUUACGCCGAUAGAAAAUGAGGCUGAACAAGAGGCUGCAAAUAACACUUAUGGGGCUGCAAUUUGCCAUGAAUCAGAGGCUGUAAAUACUGAAAUAGAAACAAAGACUACUGCUGCUGCCAUAGAAACUGAGGCUGAAAUGAGAAAUGAGGAACCUUCUUCAUUGGAAAUUACCCAGAAUGCAAUUGACCCAGUAGAACGUUUAGAAAAUGUUACAUCCAUUCCAGCAGAGGAGGAGAUGGCCGAGGAGGCUUCAAAUAAAGAAGAGAGCAUUCCACAUGGUUCAGCAGUGGCUAACAUGUUUGCAGGGGUCACUUCUUCCAAGUUUCGUCACAUUCAGGGGGUCACACAGCACAGAAAUACACACAUUUACAAUAUCAGAAAUUUGAGCACAAGCACAUUUGGUGAGUGUGAUGGUUUCCAUGCCAACAAAGAUUUUGCUGCCAUUCCAAUUGCUGGCCCAGGUGGAUUGAUCGCUAUAUUGAAUGUAGAUAAGCCUGGUAAACUUCCGGAUACUGGUGUAUAUGUGAUCCAGAAUGGCAACACAGUCAUGGACUUUAAGUGGGAUCCAUUUGAUACUAGAAGAAUGGCAGUCGCCUGUGACGAUGCUGUUAUAAGAAUAUGGAUGAUCCCAGAGGGAGGACUGACAGAGACUCUCACACAACCAGAAUUUAUACUCAAGGGACAUGAAGAGAAAAUAUAUUUUCUUUUAUUCCAUCCACUUGUCAGUGAUUUACUGCUGUCUGCAUCCUAUGACAUGUCGGUUAGGAUCUGGGAUUUGGAUUUCUAUGAAGAAAAAAUAACAUUACAUGGACAUCAAGACCAAAUAUUUGGAGCAUCAUGGAGUCCAGAUGGUGUGUAUGUGGCUACUGUAAGUAAAGAUAAGAUGAUCCGGAUCUAUGAGCCCAGGAAGGCUGUUCUACCAAUCAGGGAAGGACCUGGACUAGAAGGAAGUCGAGGAGCUAGAAUUGUUUAUGCGUGUAAUGGACAAUAUCUUAUAGUACUUGGUUUUGAUAAACAAAGCAGCAGAAAGAUUAGUGUGCACAAUGUCGAUGAUUUGACUGCACCAGUUGCCAUGGUAACAUUGGACGUCUCCCCAGCAACACUGAUACCAUACUAUGAUGAUGAUACAAGUGUUCUUUUUUGUACUGGAAAGGGUGAUAGGAUAGUGCAAGCAUAUGAAGUCAUAUCACAUGCACCAUAUUUGGUGGAGUUGUCAGAGUUCAGAUGUACAGACCCACACCAGGCAAUGUCUUUCUUACCUAAGAUAACAUGUGAUGUAAAAAAAGUGGAAGUUGCAAGGGCUCUAAGAUUGUCCAAAACAACAAUAGAACCUAUAGUGUUUACAGUACCAAGAGUUAAA